UCAGCGCCAUGUUGGGUCAGUUUGAAAGCGAGCGCGGGCGUAGCGCUGGGCCCUGACGGCGGAGGGAGAUGCGAGCGACCUGAGACGGGGGCGGGGCGGCGACCGGGUCGGGAUGCUUUGUCGCGUCUCCCAUCCUGUGACAGCCCGAGGCUUUCAGUGGCGAAUUGUGGACGUGUGCGCUUUUCUCGUUUUUUUUUGGGCCUUCGUCGGUAGUUGAAACCAGUGGCCACUCCUUUCAACAUUCUAUUCGUCGGAAUGAUGGAUUUCCUUUUGGAGCGGCAUGCUGAAAUGUUUACGGAAGAAAUGUUGUUUUUAGGAGAAAUGAAUAGAAAGAACCAAUUUUGAGGAAGCCAUGGCAAAAUCAAAUACAAAACACAGGGUUUGUUCUCGGCAAUCUUCAGUAUCUUCUCUGUUAAGCUGCAGCUUGAGUGGCAGUAAUUCCUCUAACUCUGGCUCUUUUCGGUAUAAGGAUAAACUGUACAGUUCUGCGUCUCAGGCUCUACAGGCCUAUAUUGAUGAUUUUGAUCUAAGCCAAAUGUGUCUUGGUGCAAGCACUGGAAAGAUUAACAUUGAUAAAUGUUCUACCAAUAUGCCGGAAUUCUCCAGCUACAUUUGUAAACCAAACAAUGCUUUUGAAAAUCCUGAUGACAAAAGACAUUUAUCCUUAUCCUAUAGUGGACAGACUCUUAAUGACAUAGACUCCAUUAGUCUAACAACUGAUGAUCUAUUAAAGCUUCCAGCAGAUGGAUCAUUUUCUUUCACUUAUUUUGGAUCAGGUCACGGAAGUAGCAAGAAAAACAGGAAACACAUUGGAAGACUGAGUUCAUCUGACAGAGAAAAGAUUCAGAAUUUUCAAGAACCAGCUGCUCUCCAGGGCAAGGAUAACUUAGAUACCCCAGUUGUGUACACAAAUAUGAAAGGAAGGCAGUGUGGUAGGCUGAAAAACCCCAAAUUCAUGAAUAAGGCUAAUAAAAGUGUUUCUGUACCUUCUUUAUCUUUUUCCAAAAAAUUACCUUUUAGGGACAGUUCAGAACACAAUCUUGAAAAGAAUUACCCAAGAUGGCUCACUAGCCAGAAGUCUGACCUUAAUAUUUCAGGGAUAACCAGUAUACCGGACUUCAAGUACCCAGUUUGGCUCUACAAUCAAGACUUGUUACCUGAUACAGAUAGUCAAAGAAUAUAUCAAAUGUUUAAAGAAGAUCAAUGUUCUCCUCGGCAUAGUUACCAGGCACAAAGAACUUCUCGGCUAAUGAAUAAAUUAGAUUGUUUUGAAUAUUCCUUUGAACCUUCAAACAUUUCACAUUCCUUGAGUGAGGAUAAAGGAUUACUGAAUGAAUAUAAAUGUGGUCCUGAACCUACCCAGUGUCUGUGUGAGAACCCGCUUCUUCCAGGAUCCAAAAAGCCAUUCAGUGGUGACAAAAUUGAAUUGCUUAUCCUGAAGGCCAAGAGAAAUCUAGAGCAUUGUACUGAAGAGUUACCAAAGUCUAUGAAAAAGGAUGACAGUCCUUGUUCAUUAGAUAAACUUGAAGCGGAAAGAUCAUGGGAAAAUAUUCCUGUUACUUUCAAAUCUCCUGUUCCUGUUAACACUAAUGAUAGUCCUCAACAAAUUCCAAAGACAAAGUAUGCUAAUGAAUUCCUUGAAGAUUUUUUAAAUGAUGAUAAUCAGAGCUGUACCCUUUCUGGAGGGAAACAUCAUGGACCUGUUGAAGCCCUGAAGCAAAUGUUAUUUAAUCUUCAGGCAGUGCAAGAAAGUUUCAAUCAGAAUAAAACUGCAGAGCCAAAAGGAGAAAUUAAACAAAUCUCAGAAGAUGAUCUCUCUAAAUUACAGUUGAAGGAAAGUAUGGCUCCUAUUACUAGGUCACUUCAAAAGGCUUAAUGAGAUAACUGUGGACACCUAAAAUAUAAUAGCUGUGAAUGGCCUGGAGAAAUUUUCCUUUUCCCUUCCGAGUAAUAUCAACAAUUUGAGAGAGCAAUGGUGUGAAUAUUCUGGAAGGACAACUUGUGCUUGAGAUGUGUUGUCCUGUGUUCUCUCUAGAAGAGGUAAAUAACUGUAUCAUUGUUUGAUGUAUCUCCACAGAAAUCUAAAGUGAAUAUAAUGCCCUGGAUGUAAAGAUAGGUCCAAAUGCCCUAAGGUGUUAAUCUACUUAUUUUCUUAGUUCCAUUAUCUUAAAAGCUGGAAAGAAUGCAGUUCUUUCCUAUAGUCAUGAUAUUGAUGGAAGAGAAGGUUAUAUUUUAGGGAUUUGGUUGUGUGAAUAUGAAGUGCCCUCAAAAGAUGGAAUACGCAGUUUAGUUAAUGCUAAGAUUAAAAUUUUUUACUUUGUAACAUUAUUUUGCUUGGCUGUAAGUGGGCUAGACAAAUACUGACUACCGUUUGUCUUUUCAGAAUUGCUUAGGAUUCUCUUAUGUAAGGAAGCAGUGGAAAAGUGAAACCCUAGACUUGUAAAUUUAUAAUUGUCAUGAGAAAGAUAUGUAUCUCAUUUUUGUUUUCAUACUUUAAAAAGUAUGUAUGAAUUUCUGCCACUAUUCUAGGUAGAAAUAAUGCCUCUUUCUUUGUUGCUUGCCAUAGUCUUGGCUAUAAUGUUUCAUAUCUAAUAGGGUUCAGUGAGUAGUGAUACUAAUAACUAAUCUUUACUGAACAUUUACCAAGUAUCAGUAUUCUUAGUGCUUUGUAUGUAAUUCAUGUGAUUUUUACAACCCCGUGAGGUAAGUACUAUUAUUUGCUCCAUAAUACAGAUCAAGUAAUAAAGUAACUUGCUCAAGGCUGCCUGGCUAGUAAAACAGCACUGGAAUUCAAACCAGACAGAUUCUACAGUCUCUGUUCCUAAUACUACUCUCAUUAAUGAUAGUGGUGCAUUAUCCUUUUAGUCUCUGUGCAGUACCUCAAUUGAUUAUCUUGCAUAAAGACCUCGUUCUGCUUUAAAAUUUAAAGUAGAUGACCUUAAGCUUUCCACAGUUCUUAAAAACAUUGAUAUUGAACUUGUGUCACAAGACUUGUGUAUUUCCUGAGUUCAAAGUACAUAGCCCAGAAGAUGUUUUUCUUGGUGGAAAUGAACUCUGAACCAUACGUAGUUAACCACAAAAAUUGAUACUGAUUGUACAGUUGCUUUUACCAUUUUCUAUAAUUUUUUUUAAUAGUAGUAACUUUUUUCUAGCUUAGACCAUCAGUAAUCUUGCCUACAGAAUGCCAGUUUUAGAGAGUAAGAGUCCAGUUUUGUUAGAUGGGUCUUAGCUGUUGAUUCUUUUGGAUUAGCUGACGCAACCUUAAUUUGGCUUUUAUUUUACAUUUUGAAAGUAUUAUCAGUAAGGCAUUUGUAGUAUUAUGAAGUAAGUUUAGAUUUAUGAAGAAAGCAUGUCAUUUCCCCUCUCCCCCUUAUUUUCAGUCUUUAGAUAGACUGUUUUAAGGACAACUUAAAAUUAAUUCAAUCUCAGAAUUUCUCUUACAAGACUGCAAAGUAUCCGUUUAGGAUUAUGGUCAUCUUUUCAUACUUUAAAGGAACCCAACUUUUGCAGAAGUUAUAGGUUGUAUUUUAGGAGCUUUAGUUACUUUUCUAGGGUGUUUCUCCCCAAUCCUCAAAUAACUGGCUUUUCUCACAGUUUGGAUUGCUAACCAGUUCAUUAAAAUAUCUUUCAUUAGCUUUAGGAAACUGCAGGAUCUUGGUAUGGGUUCUGUUUACUCCCCUGGACACUCAGUUUUCUUAAGUUCUCCUAUUAGAAAUAACAGAAAAAGUUUCAUUGGACCUGAAGUAUAAAUGGCUGAUAGAGCUUAAGAUGUUAAUUUUUCCAGAAAGAUUUUGCUUUUAGUAGGAAUCAAAGUUAUAUUUGUUUUGUAUCCCUAUAAUACUUAGUUUUGUCUUAUGUAUUUACAUAUUAAAGUUAUCGUCUUUAAGCAAAUGAAAGAAUUGGUUUUUGAGCCAGUACCUUUUCUAGGAUCUUUUAUUAUGUCAUAUAAGCUUAGGAUGGUUGUAAAAAAUGAGCAAUUGCAUAUUGUUCACAUACUAUAAAGGUGAGCAAUGGUGGAUGAUUGCAGAAUUAUCAGUCCUCCAAAAAUAAUUUGGUUUUGGCCUCAGGACAUGUAAUUUUAUAUAUUAAUUGGAGAUUAAUGUGUAAGAAUUCUCAAUAAUAAAGGUCAUGCUGUGAAGACCAUGCUUAAUGAUAGCUGGAAAAUUGUCUUGUUUCUCAGAUCUCCUUUCCUGCUCAGUUUUCUGGUGUUCAUUCUAUACUAGGGAUAGACAGAAUUAGCUCUCAGACUUGCAAAACAUGACCCUAAAGCAAAGAUUUUUCUUUAUUCUAAUGUGCCCGUAUGUUACUUAGAUCUAGAAAAUAGUAGGCAGUUUGUCCAGGAAAGCCUUUUGUUCAGUUCUUCCUGAAUACUAGGCUGAAUAUUGGUCAGUAAACAUAGUCUUUAAGAGAACAGCCAAUAUAGUAGUAUUAAUAGAAACGUAAAUGCAAGAUAUCAAUAAGUAAAUUAAAAUAUAGCUGAAUUGUCAUCAUAUAAUCAGUAUUACUGAGUUUCUGGGGAUUGAUUUGUAUGUAUUUGAAUGGUUAUUGGUAGAUGCAUUGUCAAAAUAAGAAAUGAGUUUUUAAAUUUCAGUUUUUAAGGUGAAUGAUUACCCAGUGUUGUAAUAUAAUCCUUAAGUUGAUCUUUUCCCCAUUAACGUGCUUUUUCACUUUUUGACAGAAGAAAAUUAAGAAAAAUUUCCUUCUGCAGUUUUAUCCUUCCCUUCUCCCUUACUUUCCUUUGAAAUACCAGUCACUUUUGAUAGUCUCUUUUCUAAGCUUUAUUCUCAAAAGAGUUAGAUGAAAGAAACUGCCAACUGAUUGUGUAACUGAGGUAGAGCCACUAAAGUUUUCAUAUUUCUACUUAGCUUUUUUAUUCCUUUCCUUUAUUACCCACCCCCCCUCUCUACCCGACAUUGUGUUUUAAAGGCGUAAAAUAUACUAUAUGGGAUUAGAAAGGAAACCAGUUACAGUGAAUUAAUUAUGAAAAUAUUUAAAUACAUUUCUGAUUAGUAAUAAUAUAUGCUUCUCUUUAUUGCAUUUAAAAAUAAGACAAUACAUUUAAAAUACAGGUAAGUUAAAACUCAUUUUGUAAAAACAUGUAUUAUUGUGAAAGCCUUUUGCAUAACUUGAAUAAAAGCAUUAACCAUUUGUGUGGUCUUUUACUUAACCUUUCACAUGUUGAUCAGCAAACAGAGAAUAUUGGAAGACAUUGAUGUCUGGGUCACCACUGAGACUUCACUGUUUGGUGGCUGAACAACUAGACUUAAAAUUUUCUAAUAGUUACCUAGUUAUGUCAUAUGAACUUCUAGACUGAGACAGAAAGAAUGAGAGUAACUAUGUUACAGCAGUGGAUUUAAUAACUUGUAAUUUUGUAACUAUUAUAUAAACUUGUAAUUUUGGAAUAGUCAUGAGUAUAGAACAUACCUGCAAUGGCUUAUGUGAUAUGAAAAUAUCUCUGACUUCUGUGGCAUGUGAGAUCACUUUUGUCUGUUGCUUACAUUCAUAGUGGAAGGAAAUGCUAAUUUAGAGAUAGCAUUUAGUGAAAAUAAAGAUAAUUUUUUUUCCCCAUCCCAUUGUAUAGAUCCUUCAAAUCUAAAGAAUCUGUGGUCCUCCAAUUUGUAAACAAUGAGAUCGAAUUCUAGCCUCUUGUCUUUCUGUAUCUUGAAUCACAGCCUGAAAAGAAAAAGGAAGAUAAGCCCCAAGUAUUAUAUUUACAGAUUGUAUUCUUCCUCAUAAAUGUGUGUCUAGGAAGAAGAAAAUUCUUUAAGUAGAGAUUAUUAUAGGAUGUAGAAAUAAUAAAGUCUAGUUUUACCUCUAAUUGCUUAGUAACCCUGGAUGAGUUAUUAUCAUUUAGUUAAUGAAGAUGACAGUCUCAAAAAUUAACAGAAGCUGUUGAAUGGGUGUCAGAAUUCAGAUUCUUACUACAUUUGAGUGUCUAAGAAAGAGAGUACAGGGAAAUAGAUACGAUGUAAUAUAGUAAUUAAUACUACUAGUUUCCUCCAUCUUCUUACUCUUGGUAAAGUGGAGGAUGUAUUUUAUUUAUUAUACAUCAUUGUAACUUCUCACUAAUUUCUCACCUUAGAGAUUACUGCACGUCAUAAAUGUUAUAUUAUUUCUGUUUUUCUUAGUCUCUUGUUUACCAGAGACAUAUUUUUGGAUGGUUGAUUAACAUUUUCUGAGUGAUCCUCAAGGAUCUGAAAGGUAGGGGAGAGGGAAAGCUGGAAGAAUACUUUCAGAGGAAGACUGGAAAGUUAAGGGUCCCUGUCUUCUUGGUUUGUAUGAGGAAUGAUUGGGAAGGACCAGGUUGCUGGUAUAAUACUACAUUAUUCAAUGUAAUUGUCAUUUGUUUUCCCCAUGCUCAAUAAAAAUGAGUUUUCCUCAAAUGUAACUGAUUCUUUAGUGCUAUUUUUAAAAUUUUAGCUGCUUUGAAUGUAUAUGCUAAAAAUGAAUUAUGUCCUUUAUUUCUUAAAUGAUAUACUUAGUAUAUCAGAAGGUAUCAUCUCUCUAUGAAAACCACAUGGAAAAGAUGUUCUAAGUGUGAUACAAAUGAUACCUGUUAUUGUUUUUUAUUAGGCUACUUGGUACACUUAAAAAAGAAAAUCUUUAAAUGUCAAACAUAAGUUUUUAUCUGUUUAUAGAAUUUUAGAUGAAUUAUUUUAGCCCUGAGUUAUUCAGAUUGCAAGGUUUCAUAAAGAAAAAUUUUCUUAGUUUUGAUGCUAAACAUAUUCCAUAAGUUUAUCUUAUACUGAUUUUGAAGUUCAUUAACAAUGUAAUGACCAUUUCUUACUGUCUGCAUUACCUAUUCAGUCCUUGAUGUUGGUUGAUAAUGUGUUUUAUACUUUUUA